AUGAGCCCGACCACGGGUGGUGAAGCCAAGUUUGCUAACGACACAACAGUGGUGAGCCUGAUUAACAACAGCGACAAGACAGCCUACCGGGAGGAGGUGCUGAUCACCAUAUACUGGCUAGGUAGGAAGGCACAAUGCGAGCCCUUCUAUAAUGGACCUAACUUAAGACUCAAGGCCUUCGAAGGACUACUGGACAUAGCAGCGCUAUCCAAGGCACUUGAGGAAUCAUCCGGCCAGAGAGCCAGCAGCAGCAGAAGAUUUAGAGAAGAGACAGUGGUUUCAGAGACAGCUGGUUGUGAGAGUGACGCGGAGACGGACUCAGUCUUCAGGAUGGCGGCAGACAGUAACAAGGAUUCACUGCACUACCGCCGCUCGCUGGUCAUCGAGCCUAAAACGACCACGCAGUUCAACCAGUUCCUGCCCACCAAGGACAAGCCAGCGGCCUAUGUGCCAGCGCCGCUCCGCAAGAAGCGGGCCGAGCGCCACGAGGACAGCCGCCGGAGCUGGGCCAGCCCCAUGUACACGGAGGAAGAUGGCACCUUCACCAGACUGCUCCAAAAGCGUGCCGUUGCUAAUGACGGGAGCAAAUCAAUGACAGACCUUGCAGUGGACCAGGCAGCACUGAAGCAGGUAUGCCACGAGGAACUACAGAAGAUCAGAGAGCAGGUCAAGGAGAACGAGGACCAGUGGCAGGAUGACCUCACCAAAUGGAAGAACCGUCGCAAGAGCGUCAACUCUGAUAUUGUGAAGAAGAAAGAGGAGAGGGAGCAGAUUGAGCAGACCACAGAGAGCAGCGGAGGAGGGAGCGGUGGUUUCCUGAGGUCCAUCCGGAGCUCCAUCGGCAGUCGUCUCAACUCCCUCGCCGCCCUGGACCAGGACGUGUUUGAAGACUCCGCUCCGGUCCUCCAAACCCGUACCCUCCCCCCCAGGAGCUACACCAUCGACUAUCCCUACACCCCCGUUGAGCGCCCCAGUCCCACACCCCCUCCGUGCCCCACCUUAGUGACCGUCCCUGCGGUUCAGGUAGCGACAUCACAAACAACACUACCACCAUCGGUCGUACCUCCAACUACAACCGCUACGUUCCGACCCCCUCGGAGAGAGCCCGACCCCCUCGGAGAGAGCCCCGACCCCCUCGGAGAGAGCCCCGACCCCCUCGGAGAGAGCCCCGACCCCCUCGGAGAGAGCCCCGACCCCUCGGAGAGAGUCCCGACCCCCUCGGAGAGAGCCCCAAGCCCGACCUUGCGGUACACCAGCGCAGCCAAGAUGGAGGAGACCUCCAGCACCACCACCACCCCCAGCUUCCUCCCAAAACUACCCGAGCCCAGGCGCCCGUGGGCAGGCAAGGUGGCUGAAGAAGUGACCACUUCCACUGGUGGUGGUUCUCUGUACAAACUACAGCCACUGUACAACUCGGUGGCAAUGGAGCAGAAGCCUGUGCCUCCCAGUGUGUCUCGGGUUUCUGCCUCUCUCCCCAGGAGCUACAUGAAAUCGGAUAGUGCUCGCCUCACCUCUGUCAUCACGCCACGGCCCUUCGGGAGCCAGUCCACCUGCGUCGCAUCGCUGCCACGCGCCUACACUAAAAGUGUGAACGGCGAGUUGGAUGUCACCCAGAAGUCGUCGGCCCCCAGCCGCUAUAGCCAGGUCAUGACCUCCGAGGACGAGGCACGUUCCCACUCCAACUCUGCCAACAGCAGUGGAGGAGAGGAAGAGGAGGAGGAGGAAGAAGAAAAGAGAGAGAGGGUAAGGGGAGUGAACCCCACACUGGUCCCUACCCUGGCCCCAUCUCCUGUCCCUCCUCAGGCCAGGAGUCCUUUCACUGCACUCCAGCCCCCGAAAGUGGCCUCCUCAGCCCCGGUCAGUCCUGUACCUGCAAAGGACACAAACAAGGAGAGCUACGCUGACAUGCGGAUCAGUCUCAACCAGAAGCCCAACAGCAGUCGAGACUUUGGCUUCCAGACUGAGUGGGACUCCACUGGAGCACACGUCACCUCCAUCCAACCAGGCAGCCCAGCGGAGCUGUGCCAACUGCAGGUUGGAGACGAGGUGCUGGCGGUGAGCGGGCACAGGGUGGCAGAGAUGAGCUACGGCGAGUGGAAGACCAGCACAGAGCAGGCCCUGCAGCAGGGCAGCCUCACCAUGGACAUACGUCGCCACGGCAGGAACAACUGGGACAGAGACCUACCUUCCCUGCCGUGCAAAAGCCAUAAGACCAUCAAUCUGACCAGUAUGAAUCAUCAUCCAACACUUAUAGGUUCCCCCAACACAGCCACGGUUAACUCAACCACCAGCUUGGCUUUCACAUCUCAGGGAUCCAUAGAAACCACCAAGGAAAUCGCCAUCCAACAAAUCAUUGAUGUGGCAUCCAUUGGAGUGAAUGGAGGUUCCCGUGACAAGACGGUGACCAUGAAAAACAAAGAGUCUGUAGAACCCAUAUCUUUGAAAAACUUAAAACGGAGGUCGGAGUUUUUUGAACAAGGAGGAUCAGAUUCUGCGAUAUCAGAUAUGCCCGUUCCCUCCAUCGCUCCCUCUAACCACUGGUCCUGGGACCUGGAGGAGGAGCGCCGGAGGCAGGAGAAGUGGCAGAAAGAGCAGGAGCGACUUCUACAGGAAAAAUACAGUCGUGACCAGGAGAAACUGGAGGAGGAGUGGCGUCGAGCCCAGCAGGAUGCUGUGACUGACGGGGGCAGACACCACCAAGAAGAGCCGAGCAGCAAGGGUCUCAGCCUACCCUGCCCUCUCCGCCAGCCCAUCCUGCCCUGGGAGGACCAGGAGGAAGAGAGGAGGAGGAGGAGGGAAGAGGAGGAGGCACAGCGAAGACAGGAGGAGGAGAAGAGGAGAAUGGAGGACGAGCAGCGAUGGCAGGAGGAGAGGAUGAGAACGGUGGAGCGAGAUCUGCUGCGUCUUCAGAAUGAGAGGAAGAGGGAGGAGCAAAAGGAGGAGGAGAGGAAGAGGGAGGAGCAAAAGGAGGAGGAGAGGAGACAGAGGAAAGAGGAGGAGCUGAGAUGGCAAAGGAGGAAGGAGGAAGAGAGGGAGGAGGAUGAGAGGAGGUACCAGGAGGCUGCAAAUCAACAACACAUGGAGAAUGCCAGAAUGCAGGAACAGCAGCAAUGGGUGGGGGACUCCUGUGGCUAUGCCAAGGUCCAGCCUGAGAUAUCAAUGGCAGACAGGGCAAAAUCCAAAUCUACUCCAGAGCUAGAUGACGUGGAGAAACCAGAGACUAAAAGCUGGUAUGGCCGCUCGGGGGGCAUGGCCCAGAAGUUACUGGAGGAGGAGUUGAGACGUAAAGCAGACAAAAAGGCCCGGAGUCUCCAGGCCGCGUCCGAGCUGGAGUUGGAGAGGAGAAACAUCCUGAAUGCCAUGCGAUACAGAGAGCCAGAAAGAGUGACUAGCAGCGGUGGGCUGGACGAGGCAUCGUGGCGGAAUGGCCAGCAGAGCCAGUCCCAGGCAGAGCUAGAGAGGCAGCAGAUCCUGCAGGAGAUGAAGAAGAAGACCCAACUGACCACAGACAACAGCUGGAUCCGCCAGGGAAAUACCACCAGCAAGGACCCCACUGCCAGCCUCAUCAGCAGAGGUGAGUCUCUGGACAACCUGGACACUGCGCCCCGCUCUUCUUGGCGCUCAUCAUGGUCAACCUCGUCCAUCGGUGGUGGCGGUGGUGGCAACAGCGGCAGCGGGGUCGGUGGUCGUCCUGGCUCAGCCACCCUGCCCUCCUCCCUCUCCAUGAGCUCCCUCAGAGGGGCCGGGGGGAGCAACCCGUCUUCCUGGUCCCAAUGCUCGCCAUCGCCAUCUCCCUCCCCCACUCCUCCUUCUGGCCUCGAAAUCGAGUCACGCCCAUCCUCGCAGCAACGCAGCAGGUCAGUGAGUGGCAAGAAAGUCUGUACGUUCUGUGACACGGUCCUGGGCAAGGGAGCCGCCAUGAUCAUCGAGUCCCUGGGACUCUGUUAUCAUUUGACCUGUUUCAAGUGCAUCGACUGCAAGUCCGACCUGGGAGGAUCGGAGGCCGGAGCUGAGGUCAGAAUACGGAGCCGACAGCUCUACUGUAACUCCUGCUACAUGCGGUUCAAAACUGGACAGCCAACCUCAAUGUGACAUCGCUGUACUACAGCAGAUUCAGGAAGAGACCAUUCUUGACAACAACCCAUGAACACUGCAAUCACGACAACAAGCCGUAUCACUUUGCUAGAUGACAAGUUUAGAUGUAUUAAUGUGUAUUAUGAUUCUGCAAAAAGCCCUUAUUCUUCAAUUAACUACUAUCUUAUUAUUUCUUAUUACUGUAUCCAUGAGAGGGUGAGAUUGACAAAAAAAGUGAACAUGUUUAUUUCAAAGUAUUAUUAUUAUUAACGAUUGCUUGUACACAUUUUGAGGGACGUGCAUGCACCUGCAAGUUUGAGUUUUACCUGGAAGUAGGUUUGGAAAAUUCUGAAAACUUUCUAAAAGUUCCCAGGUUUUUCAGAAAUCCCAGAUGGAGGGUUUGGGGAAUUUUGCAACGCUAUAGCUGGAAACAAUACUGGAAAUUGAUGUUGGUGUUGUCCAUAAGGUUAUUGAUCCUGAUUCCUUCAUAUUUCAGAAACGUAAGAGUUUUCGUGCUAGGCCGAGGGAAGCCUGUGUUUUCUUCUCCUUUGGGGUUCCUUUUCAUCUGUGCCUUUUUUGUUUGUGAUGGUGGGAAGAUUAUUUAGAUUAAAUGGAUUCAAAAGAUAUUUAAAACAAUGGCGUGGUUGGUUAGAGAGAGUGAGCAAUUAUUGGGGAGUUGUUGUUCUUUCUCAUUAAUAGAAUGAAUCUUAUACAUUUGAGAUGUUAAGAUAAUUUUUUCCAGAGAAACAAUAUAUAAUAUAUGGGAUUGAGGCAAAUGUUGUUCAAUAACAUUUGUAAAUAAAAAUUGUGAUCCAGA